AGAGUGCAAUAGAAAAUAUAAGAAUAUAAAAUAUAAAUAGAAAUAGAAAAUCCGUUUUAAUACCAAAACGAAUAUGUUUUGCGCCGUCGAGGAGUGCAGGACCCGCCUGACGGGAAGCAGCCAGAGCUCCUUCAGAUUUCCCAGCGAUUCAAAGCUGCGCCUUCAGUGGACCCUCUUCUGCCGCCGAAUCGACGACAUAAAUUACCCAGUGGAGCGCAUUUGCCUGGAGCACUUUGAAAUGGAGGAUUUCGAAAGGGAUUUGCGGCUGGAUUGGGGGGUCUGUGGAUAUCUGACGCCCCUCAAACUAAAGCCAGAAGCUGUGCCCAGCCUGCAAUCGCAUCAAGAUAUGGAUUUAGAAAUAGUUGAGGAGCAUUUGCUCCCACCAGAGACAAAGGAGGAAACUCUAAUGGUGCAAUACGAUAAAGAGCCUGCCAGGGACCAGCCAGAGGAGUCGGAGAGUGAUUACGAAUUUGAGGAACUGCCUGCGGAGGAGUGUCUGCAAGUACAGGUGGUGGACGCCGAUGGCUACCUUAAGGUCUUGGAGAAGGAAAACUCCGAACUGAAACGGGACAACUUAAUAAUGAAUCUGUCCAUCCAGACCAGCGAAAGGGAUACGGAGAGACUGCAACGGCAGCUGGACAAAUCGAAUGAGCUCUAUGGACAACUCGUUACAAAUUUGGAGAGGAUCUUCUCUUCUCUUCUUCAGAAUGACAGGCGUAUCGUGUAGCCCAGGGCGGACCUAAUAGAAACGCAUAAUCUGUAUGCGGCCAGCAGAAGUGUCUACAACAUGCUGCUGAGAAGGAACUAUCCAUUACCCUCUGUGCGGACAAUGCAGUACUGGGAAGCCCGUGAGCGGAACCGAACCGCAAGCGCGAGCGCGAAGCAGACUGCCCAGCGGAGCGCAACAGAGCAGGCCAUGUCCCAUCUGUUCGAGGUCAUUGAUGCGACCAACCUGGAUCACAAUUACACCUAGCGUACACCCACCAUAUCCAUCUAUCCUGAUGUCGUAGAUAACACCAACUUGGAUCACAAUUAUACAAAGGCAGAGUUCCCAUAAACAAGAUGCCACAUAGUAAGGUUUCGAUCGACUUUAAUCGAAGCUGCGAACACAUUCAAUUAUUUAGAUACAUCAAUGUGAGGUAUUUUUAUAAAUCAUCAGUUUAUGAAGAUUUUUGUUUCGUUAUGUUUUAAGAGGUUUUAACUCUCUAAAAGAUCUCUGCUCCAUUUCCCGUCGGACUUAACUAAGGGAUAUCUGAAUAAAACAGUAAUAUUAUACAUAGUAUAAUAAUAUAGUAAUAAACGAGACAUUCCAUAUUGAAUAAAUUGCAUUUAUUAGAAUAUGGAAAUAAGACUAAUUUGUUGAUUGGAUACUGUUGCACCUGAAGCGCACACAGCCUGCGAUUCAGCGAUUCACUGUCCAACGGCGUCAAUAAUGUAUGUACGAGUAUAUCCCUUCCUACUUAGUCGCUUCUCUGGUUUUAGUUGCUUCCGAUUUACAUACAAUUUGUAACUAAAUAUAUAUAAAUAUACAUAUGUAAAAACUAAACGGGGAUCAAAAAAUCAAAUGGUAAGCGGAAAUUUAGAAAUUUUCUAUCCUCCUCAAUCGUACAUCCUUCUGUUUUUUUUCAUACACUACACGAUUAUCACAAAUUGUAU